GAAUGAAUAUGAAAGUUUAGUGCUUAAAAAUAAGGUAUACGCAGCGUUUACUUUCGUUAUUAUUAAUUGUACAUAAGAAGUAUGUCGUUUUCUUUUGGAACACCUGCAACUACCACCAAUACAGGUUUUGGAUUUGGUCAGAAACCAGCAACAGGUUUUAAUUUAGGUGGUACACCUUUCGGUUCCACUAACACAGCGCCUACAUUAUCUUUUGGAACUUCUUCAACACCAACAACAACUACUGGGCUUAGUUUUGGAUUUGGUAGCACACCUGCAACUACAGUUCAGGCACAACCAACUGGUUUAUUAGGUUCUAAUACAACUACUACAACAUCUGCUACUGGCUUAUUUCCUGUUUCAACUACUUCUGCACCAUUGUUUACUGGUCUUAAUUUUGGGGCACCAGCAGCAAGUACUAAUCUAACAUUUGGUACCCCAUCUGCUACAUCUACAGCUGGAAACCUCAGUUUUGGUACAUCUACUACUUCAACAGCACCCCUUUUUGGUGGAUCUGUUAGUGGUGGUAGUUUAUUAGGUGGAAAAUCAAUUGCUGGCACUACUGUUACUACCACUACCACUAAUAAAGGAUUAGGAGGAUUAGAUGUAUCUAUAAGCAAUAAAGGACUUUCACAAGGAAAUAGCAAUACAGCAGCAGCUAAAGAUAAUAUUUGGGCACCGGAAUUAUUACAGACAAUAGAAAAAUUCAAGGAGUUUGUAAAAGAACAGAAAAUGUUAUCUUCAGAGAUAGCAAGAGGUUCUGCGCGGCCAUUAACUAGAUGCGCCGAAGAUACAGCUUCUUUGAUGGAAAUUUUGACCACAUUAGGCGGGGCUGUUCAGCGUGAUCGUUGUGCUGUCGAUAAAUUAAAACAAGACACAGCUAAAGUAUUGCAAAGUGCUGAAAUAUCACAAAGAACGCACGAUACCCCGCCGGGAUUACAGUACGAAAAUAAUGCACCAUUAUUGUUUUUCAUGGAAUUAGCUGAUAACUUUGAACAUGAUUUAAUGUUAUUUAAAUCACAAAUCGAAACGACAGAAAAACAUAUUCAGACAAUGAUGACUCCAAAAACUCUAACACCACAGGAAUUAACAAUGGCUAUGAAUAAGCUUCACGAGUCUUUGGUAGCGGUUGCUGGAAAGUUGCAAGGUGUGCAUUCUAAAGUGCAACAGCAAAAGGAACAAUACUUAAAUUUUCGAAAGUAUGUUUUAAAAGACAACAAGAAUGUUUUCGAGGAUAUUAAAUCAGACGGAAAAAUAUCACAUAGUAUAGGCAGAAUUACAAGUGGGCCAACUCCAUUUGGACCAGGAAAUAAAAGUUUUCUCUCCUCGACAGCGUUAAGCUCUAAUAGACCCGGAAGUUAUGAAACACGAAAUCCAUUAGUUUGGGGAAAUACAAUAUCAACAUCAUCUGCUACUAACAUUACCCUAGGCUCAUCAUUGAAACCACCAACCGCAAGUUUGACUUUUAAUACCCCAUCAAACCUUACUGCACCUUUACCAACGACUGAUUCAGGUUCGAGUUUUCAACUUCAAAAACCUCCCAUUGGUAAUAAAAGGGGGAAACAUUGAUAAAAUAAUUUUUAUAUUUAAUGCUACACUGACAUGUGUUUAUUAUAUGGUUACAAAUAUCCGGCUUUUUUUGUCCUAUUCUUCAAACUAUUCUUUUUUUAUUUCUUACAAAAACUGUUUACAAUGAUAUCAUUGUUUAUUCAAUAGUUAUAUGCCCAUCAUUUCGUUUCAUUCCAUUCCGUUUUCUCGAUGGUACUGUAAUAAUGUUUGAAAGUACGUGGAUUACGAAUUACUUGAAAAGCUUAUCUUCCGUGCAUUCAUAUUUGAGUAAAUUCUACACUUUUAAUAUAUUUUCGUAAUGGAUAAUUGUUAUUAUGUAAUAACCAUGUGAUUCAAGUACAAAACAUUUGUGAAUUCAUAAUUUUCAGAGUUAUUUAUAUUUUUUAUAUUAUAAAUCUAUAUACAUAACUAUUUUUUACUAUAACAAUUAAGAACUUAGUAUAUGUAUAAAUUCGUAUAUAUAUUCAAAUUUCUCUUGGUCCCUGUAGCAGACACAUACAUCGGGGAAAAGACAGUGAAACGGUAUAGGGGGCAAAUCAUCUUCAAUAAACUGUUCAUUGCUUUGUUCAAUAUACAUAUAUAUUAAUGAAUUGCGUAUACACACGCGGACGCGUGUGUGUACAAUUAUGUAUUAAAAGUAUUAAAAAAUAUCUCUGUUGACCGUUACAUAGCACCCACUUGUAUAAUGGGGAUCAAUAGUUUAAAGGCAUCUUGGAUGUAAGAACUUGCAUUCGAAGCCUGUUGAAAAGAAAAAUAAUUAAUGUCGCAAAAUACAUGAAACUGGUCAACAGAAUAUUUUCUUACCUCCAUGAAAA